CAUGGAACAACAUGGCAGUGUUCAUGGAUUUGAACAUUAGUCAUACAACAGACAAGAAAAGGCUUCAGGAUAUUAUUGAGACCGCCGCUCAUCUUGGAUAUUCCACAGUUGCUAUCAAUCAUGUCGUGGACUUGCAACAAAAGAAACAGGAAAUUGGGAAGCCGAAAAAUGUUUCUGAGCUUUUUGAUCAGUUCCCCAUUGUGCAGGGUAAAUCCAGGCCAAUCAAAGUGUUAAACAGAUUGACUGUGGUGGUUUCGGAAGCAUCUCACUUUAGGCCAACCAAUGAGUUCAAAUCAUAUGACAUAAUUGCUGUAUUACCCAAAACGGAGAAGCUGUUUCAUGCAGCCUGCAUGUCCUUUGAUGUUGAUAUCAUCAGUAUUGCAGUGGCCGAAAAACAACCUUUUCAUUUCAAAAGGCCUCCGGUAAAUGGUGCAAUUGACCGAGGAGUGUUCUUUGAGAUCAGUUACGUGCCAGCUAUUAAAGAUUCCACUAUGAGGCGAUAUACCAUCUCAAAUGCACUCAGCCUAAUGGAGACCUGCAAAGGAAAGAAUGUUAUUGUGUCCAGUGGGGCAGAAAAGCCCCUUGAGUUAAGAGGACCAUAUGACAUUGCUAAUUUAGGAUUGCUGUUUGGCCUGUCUGAAGGAGAUGCCAAAGCUGCAGUUUCUACCAACUGCAGAGCUGUCCUACUGCAUGGAGAAACGAGGAAGACAGCUCUGGGAAUAAUACACACAAUGAAAAAAAUCCAACCACCCAUGGAAGGACAGGAGGAAGACGACGCUCCAGCAGUAAAAAGGGCAAAAAUGGAAGCUGUGUAGCUGGAUAUUAUGUGGAAGACUGACAAAUAUUUUUGAGUAUGUGAGUAGGGCCUGAUUCAGCACUAGCGUAGCUUGUUACACACACAGCAUUGAGUUCUGAGACAAUGAGCUGCCUUAAGUAAACAGCAAAAAGCAAUACUUGCUUAAAUGUUAAUGUUCACAGUCAUAGUUGUUCAAAAUGCUGUGUGAUUGAAUCUGGACCAAACUCUUCUGUAAGUUGCAAAAGUACAGUAUUCUUGUUUAAAGCAUGUAUAACUCAUUUUCAGUGAUAUCUUUACUUGUAAAUACAGUAUCUUUGAGUUAAAUUGUAGUGAAAAGGCAGAAGUAGCAUUGAAUAAUU